AACCUGGGAUUCUUACAGUCCAAUCCAUAGUUCCAAACCCGUUGUUACCAUUUGUUUGACUUUUGGGUCGGUCUUCUCGCUGUCCAGCUCAUUUGCCUAUUUGUCUCCCUGCCCGGGUGGCCGCGGUCAAACUACCAAGGUUCAAAAUUUCUGAAGCAGCAUUGGAAUCUGGCAGAGAGCAGAACCCAGAAGGCCAGAACCAGAACAUGGAGUGGGUUGCCGAAACUGUGGAAUCAAUAAAAAGUUUUCAAAUUAGGAAGGCCCUCAACGACGCCGUCAGCUUUGGUAUGAUUAUUAGUAGUGCGCUCAUAAUAUGGAAGGCGUUAAUGUGCAUUACCGGGAGUGAAUCUCCUGUAGUUGUUGUUCUUACUGGAAGCAUGGAACCUGGUUUCAAGAGGGGAGACAUUUUAUUCUUGCACAUGAACAAUGAUCCUAUUAGAGCAGGAGAAAUCAUUGUUUACAAUGUUGAUGGUCGUUCAAUUCCAAUUGUCCAUCGCGUAAUCAAGGUUCAUGAACGAAAAGAUACAGGAGAAGUUAACAUCCUGACAAAAGGGGAUGCCAAUCCUGGUGAUGACAUAGGUUUAUAUGCUCCUGGACAGCGCUGGCUUGAGCAGCGCCAUAUAAUGGGUAGAGCUGUGGGGUUCUUACCAUAUGUCGGCUGGGUGACCAUCAUUAUGACUGAGAAACCCAUUGUCAAGUAUGUUCUCAUUGGUGUAUUGGGGUUACUUGUCAUUACAUCAAAAGACUGAAGUGCAGACUUCUUGGAGCUGCAACAAAUACUGGCAUACAUUGGAAACAGCUGCUCGAUUCAUCUCUUGGUGUUAGUUUUCAGUGUAAUCGUUCUGCAUAAGAAAUACAAAAUUUUUUUGUUUCUUACCUUGAUUGGGAAGGAUAGAAGUGCAUUUGUAUAUCUGUUCUAUAGGAAAACCAAUACAGUGUUAAGCAUCGUUGCUGCUUGGAUGCAAUUUUUGUCCUUUGGUUGCUGAAACGCAUCAGGUAUCUGCCAUUAUUCCAUGAA